AUUUUUAUUUUUUUCACCAGUUGAUUGGUGACCGUCCAAGUGGUGAGACGUGUUCGCCGUCAAGUAAGAACCAGUUCCGUGUUGUGAUUAAGUUGAAUUCCUAAAAAGAAAGUGGUGUGGCAAUUUUUAUGAUAGUGGAUACGAGAAAGCCUAAAUAUGAAAAUAAUAUGGUCUGGAUUGGCAGUACUUUUCAUCCUGAUCGUAGAAGUGAGGGGGCAUGGUAGACUAAUAGAACCUCCUUCACGCGCCUCUGCAUGGCGAUUCGGCUUCGACACACCACACAAUUACAAUGACCACGAACUCUAUUGCGGCGGUUUCACCAGACAAUGGAACAGAAACAACGGUAAAUGCGGAGUUUGUGGUGACGCUUGGGAUGCGCCUAAACCACGCGCUCACGAACUAGGAGGGCGCUUUGGACAAGGUGUCAUUGUCCGCAAAUAUGCUCCUAGAGACGUCAUCAUUAUUAAAAUUGAAUUAACUGCAAGUCAUAACGGAUUCUUUGAGUUUCGCGUUUGCGAAGACCCUCGAGGUGAACAAGAUUGCUUGGACAAACAUGUACUUUUACUCGACGGGAGAGAUGACUCAAAGUACUACCCCAGAGAAGGUAAUAAAAUUUACGAAAUGAAGUACCAGUUGCCAGAUGGCUUGGAAUGUUCACAUUGCAUUCUGCAAUGGAGGUAUAUUGCUGGUAACAAUUGGGGUACAUGUGCAAAUGGUACAGGAGCAGUUGGGUGUGGUCCUCAAGAAGAAUUCAGGGCAUGUGCAGAUAUUGCUAUCGGCGAUAAAUUCACCACAACGACGAAGCGACCAAGGCCCACUUAUGUGCCACCCAGCAGACGCCCCACUACGCCAAUCCCAGAAGAAACAUCUGGAAGUGCUUGGUACGGCGUCGUUGUCGCAAUUAUCACGCUGCUCAUCGCUCUCGUAUUGCUGGCGGGAGUCUACUUGUACUUCUAUGGAGGUGGUUUGAGAAUAAAGAGCUUGUUGAAAUCUAAAGCUGCCCCUCCCGCACCUGUUCCACCUCCAAGACACAAAAAGUUGUCGUUAUCUAGAGAAAAUCCGCCGAUUAUCUCAUCGCCUAAAUUAAUAUCGGAGUCAGGAUUUGAAACUGUGGACUUACGGAAGUAAUAGAGUCUGAUUUGCAAAAACCACUGCCGUUACUAGUGAUAAGCGAACAUUUUUUAUGGAUCGUUGAAAUUUUUCAAAAUUGUACUCAUUUUUGAAGCCAAUUAAUUAUAACCUUUUUGUUAUAAAAUAUAAAUAGAUUUUUGGUUUUUUAAAGCGGUACCAGAUUUAGUGUUCGCUAAUAUUAUGUUAAGCUAUGUAAAAACAUUGUGAUUGAUUUGUUUAGUGAUUACAUAUUUUUAAAACUUUCGCGCCAAUAUUUAAACAUUUACCUAUUUAUUCGUAGAUGGGUGUGUUUGGUUCUUAAUACGCAAAUGAAAAUAUUGUAUACAUAAAAAUAAUGUAUAAAGACAGUUCUUAUUUAUUUAUUUCUAAGCAUAAGUUAUUUAGUUCGAAAGUUUUAAUUUUAUGUAA